GUAACACGCGGAAAUUUUACAGAUGGCCGAGAACCUUUGAACGACUCUGAUGAAGUUGAACAAGGGAGUGAUGCAGAUAGUAAAGAUUGUGUCAUCCAUCGAUGUCACGCUCCUGUUUACAUCAGUGAUGCCGUUGUGGCAUCAUAG